GGGACCCAACGCUCCUCCCCUCUAUGUUUGGGUCGUCACCAACCCGGCCCAGUGCGCAGGCGCGGGAAAGUUGAACUAAGAAAAGAAAGUUUAUACAAGUUCAGUGGAGGAGGUGGCGGCGGCGGGGCCCGGGACCAGGUGAGCGGGACGUUAGCGAGGGCUAGGUGCCCCCAUGGCAGGCUCGGAAGAACUGGGGCUCCGAGAGGACACGCUGAGGGUCCUAGCUGCCUUCCUAAGUAGGGGUGAGGCUGCGGGGUCUCCCAUUCCGACCCCACCCAGGAGCCCUGCCCAAGAGGAGCCAACAGACUUCCUGAGCCGCCUUCGAAGAUGUCUUCCCUGCUCCCUGGGGCGAGGAGCAGUUCCCCCUGAGUCCCCUCGGCCUUGCUCCCUGCCCCUCCGGCCAUGCUAUGGUUCAGAGCCUGGCCCAGCUACUCCAGAUUUCUAUGCCCUGGUGGCCCAGCGGCUGGAACAGCUGGUCCAAGAGCAACUGAAAUCCCCACCUAGCCCAGAAUUACAGGGUCACGUACCCACAGAGAAGGAAGCCCUGCUGCGAAAGCUAGUGGCCUUGCUGGAGGAAGAGGCAGAAGUCAUCAACCAGAAGCUGGCCUCAGACCCCGCCCUGCGGCGCAAGCUGGCCCGCCUCUCCGCUGGUUCCUUCAGCCGCCUAGUGGAGCUCUUCUCUAGCCGGGAGGGCAACCCUCGCCCAAGCCAAGCACGCCCCUCGCUGCCGUGCCCCGGGCCCCCACCGCCUUCCCCGGAGCCUCUGGCCCGCCUGGCCCUGGCCAUGGAGCUGAGCCGGCGCGUGGCCAGGCUGGGGGGCACCCUGGCCGGUCUCAGCGUAGAGCACGUGCACAGCUUUGCGCCCUGGAUCCAGGCCCACGGGGGCUGGGGGGGCAUCCUGGCAGUUUCACCUGUGGACUUGAACUUACCCCUGGACUGAGCCUUUCCUCAGAAGCUGCUACAAGAUUGGACCUCAUGUCCCUGCACUCUUUUUCCAAGCCUUCCUAUUCCACUCAGGGCUGUGGGGUGGUGCCCACCCUCUCUGUUUUUGCCAAAAAAAAAAAGUUUAAAAUGUUUUGACAUUAAAAACUUUUUAAAGUAUUUAAUGAUUUGUCCUUUCACUCAAGAACUAAAGUUCUACGUAGAGGAGAUUUGGUUUGGAGACCUCUCUGGUUUAUAAAUUGAGGAAAGAACCAAUUCAUUCAUUCUAGAAAUAUUUAUUUGGGGCACCUAAAGCACCUGUCACCUAAAUAUACAGCAUAUUUGAGGAUACCUGUAAAUAUGAUUCCAGCUAAUUAUAUUUUUCCCCUAUUGCAUGAUUUAUUUAUUCCAGCUAAUCCUGUGUUGAUAGUCCUGGAGUCUUUCUAGCUAUUUCCAGAAGAAAGCUAUGACCUUUCUUCACAAGACAUCCAGAACACCACCUUCUUCUCAUUUUUCUCUUCACACAACUCCUUCUGAGCCUUUUUUGCUGGUUUCUCCUCAUCUGCCUGUUCGCCAGAAAUUUGUCACCUUUUUAGGGCUAUCACCUCCUUCACCGAAUUAUGUUUGUAAAUGCCUAAAAUGAAACGCACAGGAUCACAAAGGAAGCCAAUUACAGUCGAGCCUCAGUAUUCGCGGAUCCUGUAUUUUUCGAAUUCGCCUACUCGCGAACAUUUAUUUGCAGUCCACAAACUAAUACUCACGUGCUUUCGCAGUUGUUGGCAGGCGUGCUUGUGUUCAGAGCAGCAAAGGAUCUGACUCGCUCGAUGGGCACCUUUCAGCUCAGAUCAGGCGAGGCAACUGCGCCUUCUUGUCUCAGCUCUCACGCUGUAUACAAGCGUCCUUUCUGCAAUCUAUUUAGUGCCACAUUUUUCACAUUUCUGUGCUUUUUUGUGGUGAUUUCUCUGUUUGAAAGAGCCCCAAGCAUAGUGCUGGAGUGCUGGCUAGCGUUCCUAUAAGUGCACGAAGGCUGCGAUGUGCCUCAAUUAGACAAGCUUCGUUGUAGAUAAUUUUUGUUGCACUGCUGUUGGCUGUGAGAUCACUGUGAAUGGACCAACUCUAUAUUAAAUAACGUGUCUUUAAACAGAAAACACACAGAAAACCUGAUUAUAUGUUGAUGGGUUGGCAAAAGUGUUGUGACAAGAUGCUCGUGGGAGCUUGACCCUGUAUCUCCCCCAGGAUCAAUGGCUUGGUGUUUGCCAGUUCAGUGUUCACAGCGAUGUAAGGAUGUAACUAGCACAAAUAAUAAGAUUCGAGUGUAUGUGGAAAUAAAGCUUUAAAGGAUGUAACUAGCA